CUAACACAAAUGUCAAGUUAUUAAACAGUGAUAUAGGAAUUGUGGUGGGUGUGUAGUUCGUGUUUUAGUUCGUAAAAUUCGUUGUCUAGAGUAGUUUUAUUUAUAAAUAGCACAUAAACUUUAGUGUAAAUGUAAAUAAAUGAUACCGUUCUUAAUAUAACGAAUAUUACGAGGCAAUGUUUCCAUUCAACAACUUAACUUUCUUUUGUAAUUGAAAUCAAAUAUUUACAUGAAGUGUUGUUUUGAUUUGUACCGUCGAAUCCUAAUGUUAUAUGUACAUAAUGAGUUGUAUUAUGCCUAAUUACUAAAUGAUAACGAUAAUAUUCAUUAAAAGUAAAAUGAGUGCCAUGAGAAUAUGGAUGAAUUAGUGUUACGAGUGUGUAUCAACAAUGUCGUCGCCUUGCCAGAAAGGUGGAAUGCGUCUCAGCGAAGCUCUAGAUAAUAUCCAACUCGCGUAUAAUCCGAUCACAAAGCAGCUGCAUUUCGUGAGUCCUAAGGUUGAAAAAGUGGUUGAUACGGAUGAAGUGGAUAAACUGAGUAAGAAGAGUAGUUUCAGUGAUGAGGGGAAUUUCUCUAUAUCGACAUGUGAGAAAAGUGACACCAGUGACUCUCCCAAGAGCACCCUUCAGUGGGGGGGCAGCGUGAGUGGCCAUCAAAGAGGGAAGGAUGGUGGUUCAUUCUCCAGUACCAUAUCCAGUCUGUCGGAAUGUUCUCUGGGAUCCAGUGGUUCUAAGGAAGAUGAAUUCCCUGAGAUAUGUAGUUCGGAACAAGCUAAAUUGAAGAAAAAAGGAUUGUCGGGAUUCUUUAGCAGAGGCGUGUUCCCGUGGAAGAGUAACUCGUCAACGAAGAGCCAAGAGUCCCCAAGCAGCACUUGGAAGAUAUUCGGCAAGUCGAGCGCUUUAGCCAAGGCAGUGGACGUGCAACCGUCACCAGUGACGUCAGCGGCCAACACCCCGCACCACCACAAGCGGCAGGGCAGCUCGGCGAGCGAGAAGCAAUUUGAGGACCUCGUGGCGAGCUCCAUCGCGCUAAUACAGCAUGAUAGACCGUCCAACCUACCGGCCAAGUGCACAGAAGAGGCGCUGCGGCACAAAGCCGAGCACGCCCGCAUGGUGGAGGCGGCGCGGCGGCGCGUCGAGCGCGAGGCGGCCGCGCGGCACGCGCGCGCGCAGGAGUCGCUGCGGAUGGAGGAGCGGCUCGCGCGGCACGCGCGGGAGUGGACGCUGAACAUACUGCCGGACUGGCAUAACAUGAAAAACGCAAAACGCACACUUGAACUCUGGUGGAGCGGUCUGCCUCCCUCCAUCAGAGGCAAAGUGUGGCAACUAGCCAUAGAGAACAAACUGAAAAUAACCCAGGAAAUGUACCAGGAUCUAGUGGCGAAAGCGAAACAGAAACUUCACGAGGCACAACUCCGUAGGAAACGGUUAAAGGUCAACAAGUCCUGUGACUGUAAAACUAAAGACGCAAACGAAGAAGAUCGGCUAUCAAUGAACGGAGAGAACUUGGAGAGAGAAAAUCGACCCAAAAGGGAAAAGGCAAUACUAGAGGACGAAAAGCAAAGACUGGGCAUGCCCAGGAAUUUUAGCGAGCAGAAUUUGAAAAGUAUGAACGCUGAGAGUUGUGAGAGAAGGUGCUGUUCGAAAUCCAACCCUAAUCUGUUGGACUAUAGUGACGAAUGUUCGAUGGAGUUGAUUCAGUUGGACAUAGCGCGGACGUUCCCGCAUCUGUGUAUAUUUCAACCGGGUGGACCAUAUUUUGAUGUUUUGCAUGAAUUGUUGGCCGCGUAUGUGUGUUAUAGGCCGGAUAUUGGAUAUAUACAGGGUAUGUCGUUCAUAGCGGCGGUGCUGAUACUGAACAUGGAGGCCCCGCAGGCGUUCAUAUGUUUCGCGAACCUGCUCGACGGGCCCGUGCUCAGAGCGGCCUUCACUAGAGAUGGGGCUAUGAUGCAGCGGCUCUGGAAGGCGUACAGCCGGCUGCUGCGGCGCCAGCUGCCCGCGCUGGCGGAGGCGGUGGCGCCGGAGCUGUACCUGCUGGAGUGGCUCUACACUGCGUUCGCGAAGGCGAUGCCGCUGGACGCCGCGUGCCGCGUGUGGGACGUGUUCCUGCGCGACGGAGACACCUUCCUCUUCAACACGGCGCUCGGAAUCCUGCACCUCUACCAAGACGAAUUGAAGGACAUGGACUUCAUAUCGGCCGCACAGUUCCUAACCAAGCUACCCGAAGACCUGGACACAGAGGCACUCUUCAGGAGCAUCUCCUCCGUCUCCAUGACCCUGGACGGAUUGUCCUUUGAAGAGCUGGUCUCCUGCUGCCAAGUGGACACAACCCUGGAUGACGAUGGUUGCGUCAAGUUAUGAUACAGGAACAGCUUUUGGGGGGUCGUCGAGAAGCAUAUCCUUAGUCUCCAUGACCCUGGUCGGAUUUUACUUCGAAGAGCUGGUCUUCUGCUGUCAACUGGUCACCUUGGAUGAUGUCGGGUUAAGAUGCAGGAAAACCUUUU